AUGACCAACACGAAUACCACUAGAAACGCAGCCACUUUUAAGCUUAAUUCGUCAACCACUAUAAGCACGAGAACUACCGAAGCCAAUACGUCAAUCACCGAACCCAUGGCAAAUUCUGAAGCGACUGCGUCAACCAAUGCAACUGUAAGAAUUACCAAGGACGAUACAUCAAAAAUUAUUAAGUUUAGCACGACAAUCUCUACAACUAUAAGAACUGCUGCGCAGAAUGCGUCUACCAUUUCAACCAAAAAAAUUACCAGGGCCAACAUAUCAAAUACAACAACCGCAACCACUACUAAGUACAACACGACGAUUGAUACGACGAAGGACAUCGAUACAGAAAUCUUCACAAAAUUUGCCGCAGAAACAAACGCACCUGUCAACGUUUCUGUAGAAAGUAUUCUUCUGACGCCCGUCAAAACGACCCCAUUAAUUGUAGAAACCACAGCGGAAAAUUACUUUCAUGACAUCGUUAUGCAUCAAAACGCAACGUUAUUCCCUAGCAGCUGUGUAAUACACAAUGAGUUCACUUCGUCUUGCGCAACAAAAGCCUCACUUCCCUUGCCUUCAACGACUGAUACAACGACUGAUACCAGAUUUACGUCAAACCCGAUCAUCAUGACAACGAAAUUGACAUCGGCAUCCAAAACAGAUUCAUCGCACCAAUCAAACCUAUCGGAAUUUGUAAGAUCAUCGCAAUCUCAGGUAGCGCAAGAGAGAAAUUUAACAUCUCCAACAACAACAACAAGGGAAACCACUACUUUAUUAUACGCGAAGAAAAGCACCGUACCGGUAAGUUUAAUGCAGUCAACAGAAACAAAGACGUCACUUUAUUUUAAAAAAACCUUGAAGACAGCCCAGUCACUUCCGUUCCCAAAAACGCCGAAAACACCUGAGCAGCCAAUGGAAGACAUAAAACCGACUCCUUCUUCUUCGCUAGAAACUACUUACCUUCCUUAUUCUGUAAAAAAAAUAAAUGCUACCGUGCCAAAUUAUUCUGAAAAAAAUGCAAUAUCUAUUACGUCAACACAUUCAUCAAAGCCGCUUUUAACUGGCAGCACGUCAAAUCCUACAAAGCCGCAACAAUCGGUAGAUAUACCUCAAUCAGAAGAAACGUCAUAUUUUACCGCACUGCAGUAUGAAAAUGUCGACAAAACUACAUAUAAGCCUAUUACAUCUAAACAAUUGCAAAAAUUACGAGAUACCAGUACAGGAAUGAAUCUUGAAAAAUUAUUGAAAACUACAGUUCCGUCAGAUCUGAAUAAUUCAAUAACGAUCAAAUAUCAGUUACGCACUGAAGAGCAGCAAACAAAAGCAUCGUAUUCAGAAAAUGUUACACCACCAUACCACACAAAAGAGCGCAGGUCCACAACUUCAUCAGCAUAUUUUGUUGAAUCAACACGAGGCAGCUUCACGUCACAACGUGAACGAUCAACCCAAUCUGCGCCUACACCUUACACUCAGAACGCAUUGAGCACUUUCACUUCACUAAUCUCUACGAACCACCUAACCCAAAAUGUUGGAAAAACAACAGACAUAAACUCAUUCAGAUCCGAAGAACUCUCAGAACUCACAACGUUACCGCCUGGUGAAGAAAAAUUGGUAACCCUUCCGCCUGCCAGUACUAUAACGCCAAUAAAUACUUUCUGGUCAUUGUUAUUUACAGUAACAACAAAAAUGGAUGAAGCAUCAAAGCUGCGAAAGACCACAAGAAAAGCCACUCCACCCGAUACUAGAGAAGCAUCACCAAGCAAAACGAUCUCUACAGUAGAUCUUACAAAGAACUUAGAUUUUAAAAAAACUUCAACAUCCAUACCACCCGUAACCACAACGAUAACAGUUGUGGAAGCUGGAAAGCACCACCCAACCGCGUUCCGAAGAACCACCAUUACGACCGCAACUUUGCCAUCAUAUUCUCUGCAAAACUUCAUGAGAACAAAAACUCAUAGUGAAGAACAGAAAGACUUCGGUAUUUCCAGAACAACCUCUAAACAUUCUUACAGUGCAAUAAGCAACGAAGAACAAUUUACCAUGCUAGCAAAAACCACAAAAAAAUCUGCCAUCAGUGAUGCACAAGAAGCCACAGCCAUUUUAGAAAACCCUCCAAAUUAUCACGCCACGGUGAAAGCAGAGUUCCCGACGAACGCGCUGAGAGCAAGUGAUCCGGUCAGCACAACAAAAAACGCUACCCAAGGCAAUAUUUACUACACUGCUGACUUGUAUGGCACUACGAACUAUGACAGGACUUACAAUACGAUAUUUGAUUACGCAAAAAAUAAAAACACUGCUUCAGAAAAUUUAAGCAGUGCAAUCACAACAGGCUUUUUAGCAACGCAAUCACAACAAGCUGGGGAAAGCCAAAUUGGGUCUACAGAAGCGACGGAAACAUCUUCGACUAAUAAAGCAGCUCAUCUCACAACCAGAAGUUUUUUUAAUGCUUCUAAAGCCGAAAGAAAUAUAGCCACCUCAAAAAGUCUUCAUCAGGGUACUGCUGCUAGCCCAAGCGUUGUUACAUCGACAAAAGAAUCACUAAGAAAAUCAACUUCUGAAGAGUGUAAACUGCCGUGCCCCUCGAAUGGUUGGGUUGAAGGAGAAGAGUACUGUUACACGUUCUUGGCUUCCAGAAAAUUUAAAAGCUACGAAGACGCUUUGUCUCAGUGCCAAGACUAUCUUACCAUGAUCGGAAGAUCAGAUUUGGAAUCCCCUGAAAAUAUAAAAAUAUUCAAAACCUCGAGAGAAUCCUUGCAAAUUAACGAGUUGAUUUACAUCUAUGCCGAAAAGACGAACAAGUACAAGAGAUACAGGCAAGUGGAAGUGGUCAAUCUGACAAGUUCAACUGCUUAUAUGUUGAAAGUGCAGUACAACAUUAUGAGCACCGAGGAAGCAAAAAACGUUGAUGCCAUAUGCAAACUUCCCAAGUAUUGCACAGAACCGCGUUGCCAUUUCAAGGAGUUUCAAGUUGAUCAUAGUAGGCAGGAAUACAUUUUACUUCCAUCAUACAGUUCAGUUGGCGUCAAUCAAGAAGUUACUCUGCAGUGCACUGCUGAUCCAAAAAAUUUAAAACUUCUUACAUAUGUCUGUGGCUCAGACGGACAUUUCGAACCUCCACCCUCUGAGAAGCUGUGCGAAGUCACUAAAGACAGAGAGCGAGAAUCAGAAACUAACAGCGAAGUAAGAGCCCACAAAAAAUCGUGCAAUGAAUGUUACUCUAGAGGAACAAGCCGGUGCUUGCAGGUGGGACCAGGGAAAGUUCAGUGUUUGUGUAAAAAAGGAUGGUCGAUGGCAAGCUGCUGGAAAUCACCGCGAUACUGUGACAAAAUCGACUGUGGAGAUCACGGAAAAUGUGUUGAAAAAGUCGAUCAUGGAAGGUGCGUGUGUGAAAGUGGGUGGUCCGGAACAGUCUGCUCUGUUAAUACAGCGAAAUUAUUUUCUCCUAAAAUUUAUGAUGAAGCAAAUUCAACUGCGGCUUUGGAAAUGAGAAACAUGUACCCGCAUGAGAUGUUACAAAAUCAUAGACUACGAACGCUUCUGUUUGGAACGGUGUUAAGUUUCCUGUUUCGGCAUCCCGCUUAUCUAAGCCUUAACACUACCUAUGGAGCUAGGAUAUAUAAUUUCCUCAUUAACGUUUUAUUCACUACAGGUCAGUGUUUUUACGUUAAAGAAGCGGAAAAUGUACUCAACCUUUUCAACGGUGCAAAUAUUAACGCCUGGGACAUAUCACUAAACAACAGUUCGCCGAUGCGGUACCUGCGAAAUGUAUUGUUCUGUUACGUCUUUGCUUCCCUUAUGGUGUUUCUUGCGACUUUAUUUAACUGGGACUAUGUAACAGCCUCGUGGGCUUUACUUGGAACUUUUGACGAUAAAUAUGCCAACUCGUCUCUAUUCCUUGUUGCGCUGAAUUUUGCGACGGUGUUGAGCGCAGUAAGCGCGGUAGAGAGGGCUUUCACAGUAAAGAUGUUUCGCCCGGACUUCCACCACAGUGUUGUAAAAUAUUUCGUCGAUCAAUUACCAUACGAAGUUGGGAAGCGGCUUGUGCCGGUAGAAAGAACACCACUGUUCAUUGUGAUUGGAACUUUCUUACAUUUUUUAACGUGGUUUCUAAUUCUCCUCUCCACCAGCGAUCUUUCUUCCAGAAUAGCAUCAACGUGUGCCACAGUAGUCUUCGUGCUUUACGGGAUAUAUAUCUCACUGGAAGCUAUAGAAACGUUGUCUCCAGUGAAGAAAUACGCUACAAUCGCUUUUAUGACAUUGCUGCCUAAAAAUAUUUCUCCGAAGUAUGAGUUCCACGACAUGAAAACUCGAAAUGAGAUUCUUGCUGAGUGGAAAUGCGAAAAAUGCAACUCUGAGAAAGCUUACGAGAAGAAACUGCUAAAUAAUAUCAAGAGUAAAAAUCUUGGUCAGUGCAAAGUAGUUAAUGGAAAAUUAUCUGAGAAGCACAGUGAAAUGCCGUACGAGUUAUCUUAUCAGCUGCCUGAUGAUCCUCCGCCUCCUAUGGCGUCUAUGGACCACUUCAUGGCAGCUAAUUCAGAAUAUGUGCCAAUAUUUUAUUGUCAAAUUGUUCAAAGAGAACUCACAACUUUUUAUCUUGCUCGUCGCAAAAAUGGAAGCUCCCAAGAGGAAGCCAUUCAAUACGCUAUGGAUCUCUAUUACGGCUAUGAUGACUAUGAAAGAGAAAUAACGUCACAGAGAACUCUUGUUGUGCAUCAGUGGCUUUGUGAUAUCAAAAGUGCUGAUAAGUUGCCCGAUAACACUUUGGUUGAAAAGGCUAGUAAAGAAAUUUUUAUUUCAUUUGAACUUCCUCUACCGAAAAAGUUUGAAUCAAGUUUAAACAAUAGCUCAGUGUUCUAUAAACUUGUACAUGUAGAUGGCGAAACAAGACCGGCACUGGUUACCAGAAAUCCGGCAAUUACACUAAAGUUUCAGGAAAGUGAGAUGAUGAAAACCAUUGCUGAUGAAGUAAGUGCCAGAAAUGAGCCUUACGACUAUUUAUACUCUAAUGACUUUAUUGUUGAAUAUCUAGAGGGCAAGUACGGCAAAGAUGUUAUAGCAGACUUGCUGAACAUUCAACCUGGUUCUAUAAACACUAUAUCGUUUUGCUCUCUCAGCAAAAACAUUGAAAGGAAUCCUCGUAUGCGGCCACUGGAUGAUUUUUGGCUUGACGAGAAUUUACCCGGAUUUACUGGUCCUCGUAGGCGGUGCAAUUGGAAUGGCUUCGUUUUUAAUUCAAGUGAGCGCUUGCAACAAUUUUUGAACGACUUACUGGAAAAGCAACAAGAUGACGACCUGGACAAUAGCAUGGAGUGCGAAACAGCAUGCAGCAUUAUAAGAAGUUAG